AUGUGUGCAGAUCAAUGAGAUGAGGUUACAGGUUGGCUUGGCCCCAAUCGACCAGCAUGGUGCUGUUAUCGAUCGAGACCAUUUCAUGACGCUUCCAGUUCCCUCGCUGCUAGCAAGUGGCUUCUGUUGUUAUGCGCAAUUCUGGACUUGCGCAAGCGUACGCCGUUGGUUUCCAUUGUGGAUAUGUACUCUCCGCGUUGAGUAUGCAAGUCAAAGAUGCAUUCGAUCAAGGCAUUCAAUCUUUCAAGAAGUCCGGUAUGAAGUUCAAUAACAUAGCGAAGGCGAACCUGGUAUGGGUGAAAGCGCAUCCGUAUAUCCUCGGCAUCGUCGGAUUCGAGGCUAGUGGUAUUGUUGCAGGGAGCAUAGCCGCGGGCGUCCAGGCCGGCAUUGGCAGCGUCGCAGCUGGCUCAGCUGUCACAGUUCUCACAAACGCAGAAAUAGGCGGCUAUGGUGCAAUCAUCGUUUUUGAUAUGGCUUGGGCGGUGCCAGCUUCCAUACUAAGCGCGAUUCAGGGCGGCGACAACAACGAUGAUGACGGAGAUGGCGACGAAGCGAGCGAGGGCAGGUCAAGGAGGAGUAGAUCUCAAGUGGACAGUUGGCGAGGGUGA